AUGGAUAACAACAGCAUUCACUCUAGCUUAUCGAGUGAAAGCGAUUUACAGAGCACUAUGAAACUGGAGAAACCAGUACUAGGUUUAGAGGGAGAUAAUACCAAGAAGCUGCUGCCGCAGGAUGCCGCCUCUAGGGUCACCACGCGGGAGAUGCGCGAGUCCUCGUCGGACUCGAGGGAUAGAGUAGAAUCUUCGGGUGUCAACUCUAAGCUGCCGCAAGGCGCCCCAUUCACAUUGCUGAGUCAUGGCCAAAAGUGGUUCAUGGUAGCGCUGUUGACUUCUGCAGGGUUCUGGUCCUCUUUGGGAUCCCCCAUCUACUACCCCGCGUUGAAGCAGCUAGAGAAGAAGUUCAAUGUGAGUGAAGAAAUGGUGAAUAUCACUGUGGUGGUUUACCUCAUUUUCCAGGGUAUUGCUCCUACUAUCAGUGGGGGUUUGGCCGAUGUCUAUGGCCGUAGACCAGUAAUAUUAAUGGGGAUGCUCAUUUAUGUGUGCGCGUCUAUCGGCUUGGCGUGUUCCCAAUCUUAUGGAGUCAUUGUGUUCCUACGUUGCCUGCAAAGUGCGGGUAUUUCUCCCAUUAUCGCUAUCAACUCGGGUGUUGUUGGCGAUUUCACGCUGAAACACGAGCGCGGUACUUUUGUGGGAGCGGUUUCCGGCUUUACACUGAUGGGGCAAGCAUUCGGUUCGCUGAUAGGUGCUGCUUUGACGGCAGCGUUUGACUGGAGAGCCAUUUUCUGGUUUUUAACCAUCGGUUGUGGUACCUGCAUGAUCAUUAAUUUCCUAAUUCUCCCAGAGACAAAGAGAACCUUGGUCGGCAACUUGUCGAUUAGGCCCAAGAGACUUAUCAACAGAGCGCCCAUCCUUCUACUGAAGUCGGUACGCAGAAAGCUCCAUUUUGAUAAUCCCGACUACGAGACUCUAGAUCCAAACAAGGGUAAAGUCGAUCCAAUCUCUGCCUUCAAAAUCAUUCUUCAUCCAGAGAUCAUUUUGUCGCUGAUGCCCGCUGGCCUACAGUUUGCCUUGUGGACGAUUACUCUCGCAUCGAUCUCAUCCCAGUUAUCUGUGACGCCUUACAACUUCAAGCUUACGAUUAUUGGUAUUUGUUACUUGCCUUCAGGCAUUGGAGGGCUGAUUGGAUCUUUUGUUACAGGAAAAGUUAUUGACAUCUACUACAGAAGAGCCCUCCGGAGAUUUGAAGAGAAGAAGGAACAAGGUAUCAUUCCUAUCGACAGCAAAUUCAAUACUUUAAGGGCACGUCUAUUCACAUCGAUUCCCCAAAACUUCCUCGCAGUCAUAGCGUUUACGCUAUUCGGAUGGAGUGUUGAGAGAGGGUGGAAUAUUGCGGUGCCUCUAAUAACAUCAGCGAUUGGCUCGUUCUGUGCAAUGAGCACCUUGUCAUCGUCCAGUACUUUGCUCGUCGAUUUGUACCCCAGCAAAUCAUCUACCGCAACAAGCUGUUACAAUUUCAUUCGGUGCUCCUUGAGUGCCAUCUUUAUGGCCUGUUUGUCCAAAAUGAAUAACGCCCUCACAGUCGGGGGAACAUUCACUCUCAUAAGUGGCUUUGUUUUCAUUGGAAACUUCGUCACACUAAUCCCUAUGUUCUACGGCAUGAAAUGGCGUGAGAGAAGAGCUCUCAGGGCCGAGAGAGAAAAGCCAUAA